AUGGAUAAUUGUGAAGCUCUAGUUGCGAUAGACUUCGGGACUUCUAACAUUGGUUUUGCCUUUUCAUUUCCUCCGGAAAAGGAUAGGAUAUAUCUAGCAACGUCUGCUCCCGGUUCACAGCAAGGCGAAGAACCAACACCGGAAACAAACAAUGGUUCCACGAUUCAAGACGGCGCUGUUGCACUUUCUUUGGUGCAUGUUACCAAGCUGCCACAUAACCGGGUACCACCAGUUUUACUUCUGAAUGCAAACGGAACAAUUAAUGCAUUUGGAAAGCUUGCGGUGGACAGAUACGCUCAACUUGUUGUCACUAAAAAGCAUCAGGGAUACCGCUACUUUGACAAUAUCAAAAUGCAGCUUUACGAAAAUGAUAGCUUGACGCGCGAGUCAGAGUUUCAAGACGGCGAAGGCAGAAAAAUAUCCGCUUUGGGAUUAUUUUCGAAGUUAAUUCAAUACAUUGGAAAACUCGCUCUACAGUCAAUGCGAGAAACAAUAUCUAAUAAUUCUAAAGUAAAUCCUAACUCAGUAUUUUGGGUGUUGACAAUUCCAGCUAUAUGGUCUGACUCGGCCCGACAAUUCAUGCGCGAAGCAGCAGCAGAAGCUGGUAUACCACGUGACAGAAUUCGGCUGGUUCGGGAGCCAGAAGCUGCUGCUAUCUUCUGGAAGAAAGGAAUGCAGACUUCAGGAAACCUGAACAUCAAAAAGUUAUCGGUCGGCAAUAAGUAUAUUAUUGCUGAUCUUGGAGGAGGACUCGUCGAUAUUUGUGUACAUGAAAUACUUCCAGACGACAGAUUUCGAGAGCUGCACAAGGCAACCGGAAAUGAUCUUGGCGGGAAUUCCGUUGACAAUAUGUUCAUCCAAUUUUUAAUGAAGGUAGUGAGUGACAAAGUCUGGAAAAUAUUUUUUCGGCAACAGUAUUUUGACUUUGUUAAACUUAUGAGAAGCUUUGAGGAAUUCAAAAGAAAGUUUGACACAAAAACCGAGAAAAUCGUCAUUGAGCUUCCGGCGUCCCUCAUCAAACUAGCGGAACAAAAUGCCAGAUCUACCUUUUCUGACAUUGUGAAGGCUGUUGAAGAACAUGAAUAUGUUACUGUUGUAGAUGAAACAAAAUUGCAUCUUAAGAAGGAAAUAGUUGAAAGUUUUUUCAAGCCCUCCGUAGACGGGAUCGUUAGCAUGUUAACAGAUAUAUUGAAAGAAUGUAGUAAUACAGAAAUAAACAAUUUGAUAUUAGCAGGUGGAUAUUCCGCAUCUCCAUACGUUACAGAGUUUAUAAAAAUGGAAAUGGCGCGAAUGGAUGUUACACAUGUGCGGGAACAAGAGCUAGCCGUACUCAAAGGCGCCGUAUUGAUGGGCUUCGAGCCUACCGAUAUUAUAGAAAGAAGAGCGAGAUAUACGUAUGGGUUUGCUAUUGCGCGACCAUUUGAAGAGAAGAUUCAUCCGAGAAAAUUGAAGUUUUAUAGAGACGGGAAAGUUCUGUGUAGGGAUAUUUACCACAAGGUUAUAGAUAAAAAUCAGCUUUUGAAAGUUGGUGAUACAUUUAAAGUUGAAACAAGAAAUAACGACAGAAAAUUCUUCAAAUUCAAGCAACGCGAGGCAUGCGCACAACUGUUUCGUUCCACUAAAGAUGAUCCGAAAUACUGCACAAAGGAAGACGGUUGUACCGAAGUAUUCUCUUCGAAAAUUGAGGCACCGGAAAGGGUUGGUCCGAGAGGCUUUGUACCGAUUAUGUUCUUGUUGUCGGUGACACUGACUUUGAAGUUCUUGCGUUUGAUAUAUUCUCUGGAAGAAAAUACACCACAAGAAAAGAAAUCUUGUAAUACAAAAUGUACAGUUACUUUUUACAAAGUCAUUGUGCACGUUCCGUUUUCAUCAUGCAAUUUACAGCUGCACUUACAACCGUCAAGAGUUAAGUGCUGGAAUCCCAACUAUGGGUGGACCUUCGACUCAACCAAUUCGGAACACAGAAAAUUGUGGACAUGUUUCUAA